AGAGUCGAAGUGAAUAUUUCACCUUUGAAUCGAUCAUAGUGAUGCUAUGGGAGUUUAUAAAUAUGGGUUGAACUCGCAAAGAAUGAUCAGUCGUUUGUUUGAAGUCUGUGCGUCCGGUUUUCUAUAGAAUAGCAGAAAUGCUUAGAAGGAGUUUCCUUUUAUUAGUAGUCUGCUUGAUCGCCUCACUUGUUGAUGCCAGGCCCAGUUCAAUUGAUUGGAAAGUGGAUUUAGAGGGCUUUCUAACUCCCCCACUGGAUGUGACCGAGAAUAAAACCACUGCCAAUCUUGAACAGAAAUCUGAGCAAGUAGCUUUCUACCUCUAUUCUAGAGCCUACAAAGGAGUGCAAUUGAAGGAUGCGCCAAAGAAAGAUAGCAAUGCUCACUUGCUGGGCAGAUACCCUUCGGUCCCUGUCAAAGUCAUCAUCCAUGGCUGGAUGUCCAACUAUACCGCCAGCUGGGCGCAGAAUAUGAAAACAGAAUACCUUAAGCUUGCUAAGCCGAUAAAUGUGAUUGUGGUUAAUUGGGGAGGCCUAGCCAACGAUUCGCGCUAUUUCCCAGCCGUUCUCAACACUGAAUUGGUUGGCAAGCGCAUCGCUCAGUUCCUCAGCAACCUGCUGGCACAGGGUCUGGCGAAGGGCGACUCCAUACACUUGAUUGGCCACAGUCUGGGAGCUCAUGUUGCCGGUGUUGCCGGUCAUUACUUCAAAGCAAAACUUUCGCGAAUCACAGGUCUUGACCCAGCACUGCCAGGCUUCGAAAUCGCGGACGGUCCUGAGAUUCUUGAUAAAGAUGACGCUGAGUUUGUUGACGUGAUACACACGACCGCUGGUACGUCGGGCAUUUUCAAGCCCAUAGGUCACGCCGACUUCUAUCCGAAUGGCGGCGUCAACCAACCGGGCUGCGAUGGCUUCUCACCAGACAUUACAAACUACAUUGAAUCAAUUCAAUGUGGACACAUGAGGGUCAUUUAUCUUUUUAUUGAAUCAAUCAAAAACUCCAAGGCGUUCAAUUCUAGACGGUGCAAUAAGACUGCAAGCAUUCCUCUAAAACCAAAAGACUGUGAAGAGGAAACUUCAGCUAUCAAAAUGGGCGAACAUUGUACUAAAAGUGCUAAAGGAAUAUUCCUUCUUGAGACAAAUGAAAAAUCCCCUUAUUCGAACAUUUCUGGUUCACAAGAGAAAAAAACUAUUACUCCAUCUCCGACCUCUUCAACAAAAAAAGAUGACAUUUUCUCUGCGUUGGAUGAUAUUUUUAAUUUUGAUGAUCCCAGCUAUGGAGAUGCUGCGUAUUGAAGACAACAUGAUUCAAAAAUGCACAUCAAUAAUUGCAUUGAUAUUCACCAUCCAUUUAUUUAUUGUAUUAUUUAUUUGAUUAGAAAUAAAAAUAAAUUCUUUCAAUCUACGA